UUCAUUAUAAAAACGACACACUGUCCUGCUAUUCAAUAGCCUCCUCUUGCCAUUCAUAAUUGAUUGUGGGAAGUGGACGGUAGGAAAAAUCUAUCCGUAUUCUUCUUUGUAGAGCCUGACUUGGGUAAAGAUCAAUUACUGCCAUGGCUUGUGUCGCACCUCUGCCAGUCGUCAGUAAUGGGAAACCGGAAAACAGAGUGGAAAAUCGAGAGUUCUUGUUCAGAUCGAAACUUCCAGACAUUGAGAUAUCGAACCAUCUUCCUCUGCACACGUAUUGCUUCGAGCAACUAGCAGAAUUUGCAGAGAGGCCGUGCAUAAUCGAUGGGGUGACCGGGAAAGUUUACAGCUAUGCCGAGGUGGAAUUGAUUUCGCGCAAGGCAGCUGCCGGUUUGGCCAAAUUGGGGCUGGGGAAAGGAGAAGUUGUGAUGCUGCUGCUCCCGAAUUGUGUGGAAUUUGCAUUUGUGUUCUUGGGGGCUUCCAUUAGAGGUGCUGUUGCGACUACUGCAAAUCCCUUUUAUACCCCUGGUGAGAUCGCCAAGCAGGUGAAGGCCUCUGCGGCUCGAAUCAUUGUUACCCAGGCGGCCUAUGUGGGCAAACUGGGUGAUUUGAGCAAGGAGGACUGCGAUUUAACUGUCAUCACCAUUGAUAGCCCACCUGAAGGUUGCCUCCCGAUUUCUGUUCUGACUGAGGCGGAUGAGAGCGAAUGCCCUUCUGUGGACAUUCACCCUGAUGAUGUCGUUGCUUUGCCUUACUCCUCGGGCACCACUGGUCUCCCUAAGGGCGUUAUGCUCACACACAAGGGCCUGGUUUCCAGCGUUGCUCAGCAGGUCGAUGGGGAAAAUCCCAAUCUGUAUUUCCAUUCCGAGGAUGUCAUCCUCUGUGUGCUUCCCCUGUUUCAUAUCUAUUCCCUCAAUUCGGUGCUCCUUUGUGCGCUCCGGGUGGGCGCUGCCAUUCUGAUCAUGCAGAAAUUUAACAUUGUGUCGUUGCUUGAGUUCAUCCAAAGGUACAAGGUCACUGUGGCCCCUUUUGCUCCUCCCAUUGUUCUGGAAAUCACCAAAAACCCAGUCGUCGCCAACUAUGACAUUUCUUCCAUCCGCUUGAUCAUGUCCGGUGGAGCGCCCCUCGGGAAGGACCUGGAAGAUGCCGUUCGAGCGCGCUUCCCUGGAGCUAAGUCUGGCCAGGGAUAUGGCAUGACGGAAGCAGGUCCUGUUUUGGCCAUGAAUCUUGCAUUUGCUAAGGAGCCCUUCCCUGUGAAGUCUGGUUCCUGCGGAACCGUCGUUCGGAACGCCCAAAUUAAGAUCAUUGAUACAGAGACUGGAGUUUCUCUGCCUCACAACAAACCCGGUGAAAUUUGCAUUCGUGGACCUGAAAUUAUGAAAGGGUAUCUGAACGACCCGGAGGCCACGGCCCAAACCAUCGACAAAGAAGGGUGGUUGCACACCGGUGACGUUGGCUACAUUGAUGACGAUGAAGAAAUCUUCAUCGUGGACAGAGUGAAAGAGCUUAUCAAAUAUAAAGGCUUUCAGGUCGCGCCUGCUGAGCUGGAAGCGCUUCUGGUAAACCAUACGUCAAUUGGGGACGCCGCAGUGGUGCCUCAGAAGAACGAAGCUGCAGGGGAGGUUCCGGUGGCAUUUGUAGUAAAAUCCGAGGGAGCGGAAAUCAGCGAGCAAGAAAUCAAAGAUUACAUUGCGAAACAAGUGAUCUACUACAAGAGGAUACACAAGGUUUAUUUCGUGGAUUCCAUUCCCAAAGCUCCCUCUGGUAAGAUCUUGAGAAAGGAUUUGAGAGCCAGACUUGCAGCAGCCUAAUCUUUCCACACUCUUUCCCUCGGAGAAGCAUCAUCAUACACAAUAUACAGUGUAUAACCAAUCUACUCGCAGCACACAUAAAUUUGUGUAUUUUAUUAAUCUAUUUAAGUAAUGCUGGUAUUUUUUAAUAUUACUUGCCUUGCAUCGAUUUCUCCACAGACAAGGCUGUGCAAUCCUCCACGGGGAGUUUCCCUAAGAACUUGUAAUUAUGAGCUUCACAAUAAUAAUGAUGAGAGAGAUUUACAUUAAUACAA